AUGAACCAAGAUAUUCAAGAUUAUUUUACAGAUCCGGAGGAAAUAAUAAAAAAAUGCAGCGAAGUUUUGCAAUUUCAAAAGCAGCAUAGACGUAGACUGCUAUCAUAUUUGCUGCAAUCGACGAAGAAAUUCUAUACAGCAAGAAGCGAAUUGAAACGUAUGACGGAGUUAUGUCAGAAACAACACAAGCAAUUGAAGGAAUACCAGAAGAUUGUGAAGAAUUUGGAGUCACAGCUUGGACAAUCAAAACAGGCGUCCCCAUUCAACGUACCGAUAUCCCCGGGCAGUCAUUUGUCGCCGAGUUUCAUUCAAACAACACCUACAUAUAAAAGAACAGCUAAAAGCACUCCGUAUAAUCUGCCUUAUCAGUCUAACCUUGUGACCCCAUCACGAAUAAGCAAACAGCGGGCCACCUUCACCCCGCUUAGUCAGAGAUCAAAUACUUCGAAUGGCAUAACAUCUACUGUGUGCACUCCGCCUACUCCGGAGUCCGGGUACAAAAACUUUUUAAAGAAUCUAUAA